GUACGUGAAGGCAGCAAAGGGUUUGUCCAAUCAUCAGCGAGCACAGAGUGACGUUGGCGAUGUAAACAAACAGAGGCAGCGCGGCCAUUACGCUCAGAGAAGAGUUGGACUCGGAGUUGGCCGUUUGAUUCUUCUGUCGUCGAGGAAAUCCGCUUGUCAGGGUCGUACACCGGACCGCAGCGACCGAGGCCGACUGUCCCCGUCUGUCUGCGCGAGAGGAGUGAAAUGAAAGACCCGAGUCUCAGCAACGUCUCAGCCCCGAACAUGACGAUCAGCAACGAGGUGAUCCUGAGCAGCCAGUUCAGCUCCGACGACAACCCGUUCGCCGAGUACAUGUGGAUGGAGAACGAGGAGGAGUUCAACAGGCAGGUGGAGGAGGAGCUGUGGGAGGAGGAGUUCAUCGAGCGUUGUUUCCAGGAGAUGCUGGAGGAGGAGGAGCAGUGGGAGUGGUUCAUCCCGUCCAGAGACCUCCCCCCUCAGACCGUCAGUCAGCUGCAGGAGCAGAUCAGUCUGCUGGUCCUGGACGAGGACGAGGACGCAGACCUCGACGUCGUGAUGAACAGCAGUCUCAACCCCAACGCCAAGGAAUUCACCCCGGGCAUCCAGAAACACAUCAUGUGACCCCGCUGGGCCCCGCCCCCCACUCGCACUGUGACAUCGCCAACAAGAUGUCUGCCGUAUUUUUCAGUCGCCACUCAACCUUCAGCCUGACGUGUUGCCAAAGUUCUGCGCUCGCCUCGCAUGUUUUCAAGUUCAGAGUCCAGUUACUGUUAGUUACUGCAAUCCUCCACCUGUGUGUGUGUGUGUGUGUGUGUGUGUGUGUGUGUGUGUGUGUGUGUGCUGUGCG